AUGCGGAUAAAUGGGACAAAUACUAAUUCAACAUAUAAUUCAACAAACGUAGAUUUUAAUUCAACAUAUGUAAAUUCUAAUUCAACCUACGUAGGUUCUAAUUCAACCAAUACAGAUUAUAAUUCCACCAACACAGAUUAUAAUUCAACCAAUACAGAUUAUAAUUCAACUUACACAGAUUAUAAUUCAACAGAUUAUAAUUCCACCUAUACAGAUUACGUAGAUUAUCCCGAUAACCCUGAUUAUAAUAUUGAUCUUGACAAAAUAAAUCAAGACAAUGGACUUAGAAUAUUAAAUACAGAUUUAAUUUCACUGAGAUUAACGGCCGUGAUUUCAUUUGUCGAUAUUAUUAAUGGAGCAGUUGUGAUAGCAUAUUCAAGGUAUAAACCUAAAGAUACAUCAACAUGUACAUUCAUUGGAUGGGGAAUGUCUUUCUUCCCUGAGUUAUAUUUAUUCGUAACUGUAAUGAUAGCAUUUAACUUGCAGGUAGUUUUUCUUCAUCGGAAAAAAGUCUCUUCAUUCUCAGACAGAUGGUAUCUUCCUGUAGCCUUAAUCGCUGCCAUAGUAAUAAAUUUACCACCAUUAAUAUAUAAUCGUUUUGGUUUUGAUGUAAAAGGUUUCCAAUGUCUUUAUCGCGAUUCUCGUUCUGUUGCUUCAGAAUGGUGGAAAUUUGCUACAUUCAUGGUUCCAAUAACUUUAGCCAUGAUUUAUUGUACAUUGGUAUUGGCGGUUGUAGUGUGUAAAUUAAUUUUUGAACAUCGAAAAUUAGCUGAGGCAAUACAGACCCAAAGUAGUGUGACCUUGACUGCAAAAGCUCGAAGACAAAAGAUUCUCUUAUUAAAAUUAGUCAGCCGUAUCUCUUUAUAUGCUGCAAUUCCUCUUAUAAACAUUAGCGGAAUUAUUGUCGAAUAUUCAUAUCAUAUUUUUAGUGGACACAAAAAUACUCCAAAACCUUUACAUUAUUGGGCUAUUAUUGGAAGUUGUUUGCCUGCUUUUCUCUUCGAUCCUGCUAUACAUAAUGCUAUGAGAAAAGUGAAAAAGGAUCUUAUUGACACAUAUGGUUACGAAAAGUGCGACUCAUUCACGAUUUCUCUUAAUAGUCCACCUUUAUCACCAUCUGAAGAUAGACCGAUUUUAAAAUGGUUUGUACGUACUUUUUUGGACAAGAGACAAUACCCUAUGCUAAGAAAUGGACUCAGUACAAGUGUAUGGUCAGAUCAAGAUGAAAAAUUCAGCUCUGGAUCAUCAAAUUCUGGUACAUUUUCAAGUCAAAGUUUAGGUUAUGACUAUAGAAAGGGUAACGGAAUACAUAAACAUAUGUAUGACAUAUACUCAAAUCGUAAUAAUGAUAAAGGAAAGAAAACGUUUAUGAAAAGAUUAUCAAAGGUUUUAACACCUUCAGACGAUCCAGUGCAAUUAGAAAUUACAACCACCACAGAAACAGAAACCGUAGUUACCAGUGCCGACUCUUCUACUGGAUCAUUUGAAUCAGAAAUGAAUCUUGCAUCAUCCUGUAAUAGUACACCACCAUUAAGUAGCUACAAUGAUCGAUCACGUUUAAUUUAUGAACCUAAUUCAAAUGGAGGAGGAAGAGGAGGAUCAUUUUUACUCCCUCAUAAAUUGGGUAAAAAUUCUACAAUUAACAUUCAUCUACAUCAAUAUCAAUAUCCUUCAACGGCUUCUGUUUUGGGACACGUAGAAGCUGGUGCAUCAGCAUCCUCAUCAUCUACAUCUUUCUCAAGGAAUAGAUUACUAAGGCAGCAACAAAGACAAAAGGAAGCAGAAAUAAAAAUGAAUUUACAUAAAAAAUCUGAUUCUACUUCAUCCAUAGCAUCAAGAGAUUCAGUUGACAAUGAGAUAUCAGCUUAUUAA